AUGUCUGUCCACGCUGAGGCGCCGCCGCCGCUGGUGAGCGAGCCUAGUGAUUAUCAAUAUGCGACGGGAGCGCAGCUGGGAAAAGGUGGAUUUGCGAUAUGCCAUCGCGCAGAGCUGCUGGAUCAGAGCAGACCGACUGGACGGAUAGUCGCGCUCAAGAUCGUCAAGUCCAAGAUGGAGCCUCCGAAACUUGCACAGAAGUUCGUCACGGAGCUGCAAAUACACUCAAAGCUCCAUCACCCCAAUAUAGUCGAGUUCUAUCGCGCAUUUUCGUUCCAAGCCUGCACAUACGUCGUGCUGGAAAUAUGCGACAACGGCUCUCUUGCAGACGUGAUCCGGAAGCGGAAGUAUUGUACGAUGCCGGAAAUCCGCCGCUUCAUCAUCCAAACCUGCGGCGCGGUCAAGUACCUGCACCACCGGAAUAUCGUCCAUCGGGAUCUCAAGACUGGCAAUCUCUUCCUAGAUAAGAAUAUGAACAUCAAGGUCGGCGAUUUCGGGCUGGCGGCCGUCUUGUUGUCCCAAAACGAUAUUGGUGCGCGACGGACAACCAUGUGCGGCACCCCCAACUACCUGGCACCGGAGAUUCUUGAAAAAGGAGGCAAGGGACACAAUGAGAAGGUGGACCUGUGGGCGAUCGGAAUCAUUGCGUACACUCUCGCGGUGGGCAGGGCGCCUUUCCAUGCGGCGAAGCGGGAGGACAUCUACAAGAAAUUGCAGACAUGCGAUUAUACCUGGCCGGAGUUGUCCAAGACCCCAAAUGACAUAUCGAACGACCUGAAAGACUUGGUCGGUUCACUGCUGGUGCAUGAAGAUGAUAGGCCGGUACCGGACCAGAUUGUUAGCCACACUUUCUUCAAGACUGCGUUCGUGCCGGUCCAGCUAGAUUCACAAUGCGCAACCCGGGCUCCUACAUUCUCGAGUGUCCGCCCCCCUACAGCGGAGGUCCUCCGGAGAGGCUACUCGGACUCUUGGUACGAUCUGUGUAAGGAGUCCGGCGUUGGGGAAUACGCACCUGGAAAGGUCUUCCCAGUCAUCGGCGGUCGAAAAAUCCGUUCGGUUGUACGAGACUGCGAGAAAGAGUUGCAGGCGGGUCGACAACCUGUUGUACCAAUACCGGCAGACACUGUCUACCUACCGUUCCCUGAGCGGAACAACUUCCCCUACCCUGCGGUGGAAGGGUUGAGUGACAUAGUGGAGGCGGAAGAAAAGAGCUCUUCGGCUGAGGGGCAGGCGUUGAUGGAGACAACAGCAAAUGACCGGAUUAAAGAACCACCAAUGCGAGCCACCACGAGGAUAUCCCGAGCACCUCCAUCAAAGGAAAAUGUGGCACCGGAACAGCCAGCGGAGAUACCUCCUCUAGACCGUCCAAGGCGAAAGGGCACUGUGCGCAAGACCUCCGAUCCUGUGGUCAAAGAUAGCGCACGACAGGCCACGCGGUCAUCCCGAGCGGUAAAAGGGACUCAGGCAACUGUCGCUGUGGCGGGAGACCUACCACGGAAACAAGAGACGAUGACUCAAACGACAGAGGUACCAGCGGAGAGUGCGAUCAUAUCCAACAAGGUAUCACAAUCCGAAGGCACCGAUGAAAAACCUGCUCAAGCUACCAUUCGCAAGUCACCGGUACCGCCGAGUGGACCUAUCAUCCCCAAUACCGAUCCGGAAGCGGUGCUCGCGCGUGUCUCAGAGUUCCGCAACAACGUAGCUCAAGCGCUUGCAAACAGACGUAGCACAUCUCGGAAGGAGCAGCGCACGCAGCUUCCAUACGUUUCGAAGUGGGUCGACUAUUCAAGAAAACAUGGCGUCGGCUACGUCCUGGAGGAUGGGACGAUUGGUACUCUCGUGAAUGCUACGAAGCGGUAUCCAGUAACGCACGUCCUGGUCCGGAAUGGCUACACUUACUUCAAGGAUGGAAAAAUCGACUCCAGCUUCAUUAAUAAGAUACCUUUCGAAUUUUACGCAGACUCCGCCAACGAUGGCAUUCGGAGCACUACCGUAGACAAGGAUCGGAAGCGGUCGACGGGCGGUGUCUGGGCACAAUUCAGCAGAUACAUGUGUCAGCAGCUCGGACAAGCUGAGACCAGCGCAGAUGUGGAUGCAGCAGAUAGCAAAACCUCGCCUUUCAUAAGGUUUUAUCAGCGGCUUGGAACAGUCGGCAUCUGGGGGUUUACCGACGGAUGCUUCCAGUUCAACUUCCAGGACCACACGAAGCUGGUGAUGUCGCCGGACGGCAAGUAUUGCAACUUCACUUGUCUCCCGGUGGAGGGAGCCCAACACUUGAAAGAAAACGGAGACCUGCCAUUCAAGUACAUCCGGCAGCGGAAGACCUUGUCUGGUUUGGUGCACACGCUCCUCUUCGGCACCGCGGACGAAGCUGUAGCGUAUCGAGCAGUAACAGAAGCCAACCUACUACCGGAGAAGUUAAGGUUCAUCAUCAAGUUAAUGAACGAAUGGGUUGGUUGUGGCGGUCUUGGUUGUCUCUCGCCGGAGGCGCAGCGGAUGAAGUGGGAAGGACCUCAGGUGUUUGACAAGAAGAAGAAUGAUGAAUGGGUUACCGCUGUCACGAAGCGCGCGGGGCGCAAGAAAGAUGCCAGUAAUACCAAACAGCCCACCUCAGGCGGGGGGAAGAGCUCGGGGUUCGCGAAAAAGGCGGUCUUCGAAUCGACGAAGAAGAAGGAAGUCGGCGUCUCGGACCUCACGUUGAUCAGCAAGAUAUCGAACGAGGCGAUCAACGACAACCUGAAGAAGCGAUUCGAGAAUGCGGAAAUCUACACCUAUAUUGGACACGUGCUGGUGUCCGUCAACCCGUUUCGGGACCUGGGCAUCUAUACCGAGCAGGUGUUGAACAGCUACAAGGGCAAAAACAGGCUGGAGAUGCCCCCGCACGUCUUCGCGAUCGCCGAGUCCUCGUACUACAACAUGAACGCAUACAAGGAGAAUCAGUGCAUCAUCAUCUCGGGAGAGUCUGGCGCAGGAAAGACCGAGGCCGCGAAGAGGAUAAUGCAGUACAUUGCUAGCGUCUCCGGCGGCAGCAACUCGUCCAUCCAAGAGAUCAAGGACAUGGUGCUGGCCACCAAUCCACUUCUGGAAUCCUUUGGCAAUGCGAAGACACUGAGGAACAACAACUCGUCAAGAUUUGGAAAAUACCUAGAGAUACAGUUCAACGCGCAAGGCGAGCCGGUUGGUGCGAACAUCAACAACUAUCUGCUAGAGAAGUCAAGAGUCGUCGGUCAGAUUACGAAUGAGCGGAGUUUCCACAUUUUCUACCAGUUCACAAAAGCCGCUUCAUCAACCUACAGAGAAAUAUUCGGGGUGCAACAGCCGCAAUCCUACCUCUACACGAGUCGGUCAAAGUGUUACGACGUGAACGGCAUAGACGACCAUGCGGAUUUCAAAGAGACACUGAAUGCGAUGAACAUCAUCGGCUUGGCGCAAUCGGAGCAAGACAACAUUUUCCGAAUGCUCGCAGCUGUCCUAUGGCUAGGAAACAUUACCUUUACGGAGGACGACCAAGGCAACGCUGCGAUAAUGGACCAGUCGAUCGUCGAUUUCGUGGCGUACCUACUGGAGGUUGACUCGGCGCAUGUCAACAAGGCGUUAACGCAGAGAGUCAUGGAGACUAGCCGCGGGGGUCGCAGAGGCUCUGUGUAUGACGUGCCCCUGAAUCCAGCGCAAGCGACAUCAGUGCGAGACGCGCUGUCGAAGGCCAUUUACAACAACAUGUUCGACUGGAUAGUCGAGAGGGUCAAUGCUUCUCUGAAGGCACGAGGCGUGCUGGCGCAGUCCAUUGGCAUUCUGGAUAUCUACGGCUUUGAGAUCUUUGAGCGUAACAGCUUCGAGCAGCUGUGCAUCAACUAUGUCAACGAGAAGCUGCAGCAAAUCUUCAUUCAGCUGACACUAAAGACAGAGCAAGAGGAGUAUCAACGGGAGCAAAUUACAUGGACGCCCAUCAAAUACUUCGAUAAUAAGGUGGUCUGCGAACUGAUUGAGGAGAAGAGGCCUCCCGGUGUUUUCGCAGCAUUGAAUGACGCUUGCGCGACCGCUCACGCAAACCCGGCCGCCGCAGAUCAGACUUUUGUUCAGCGAUUAAACGCAUUAUCCUCAAACCCGCAUUUUCAGCCACGGCAAGGCCAGUUCAUUAUCAGACACUACGCUGGUGACGUUUCGUACGAGGUGCAAGGCAUGACAGACAAGAACAAGGAUCAACUGCUGAAAGAUCUCUUGAAUCUCGUUGGGCAAAGCUCGAAUCAGUUCGUCCAGACGCUCUUCCCAGAUCAAGUGGAUCAGGAUAACAGGCGACGGCCGCCAACGGCUGGUGACAAGAUCAAGGCUUCUGCGAACGAUCUCGUGGCUACCUUGAUGAAAGCAUCCCCAUCCUACAUUCGAACGAUCAAGCCAAACGAAAACAAGUCGCCUUCAGAAUACAACGAGCCGAACGUGCUCCACCAGAUCAAGUACCUCGGUCUGCAGGAGAACGUCCGCAUCCGCCGCGCUGGCUUCGCAUACCGUCAGACAUUCGAGAAAUUCGUUGAGCGCUUCUUCCUUCUCUCACCGAAGACUUCGUACGCAGGCGAAUACACAUGGACAGGUGACUACAAAACCGGCACAAAGCAGAUACUCAAAGACACCAGCAUUCCAGCGGAAGAGUACCAAAUGGGCGUCACGAAAGCUUUCAUCAAGACGCCAGAGACUCUGUUCGCCUUGGAAACAAUGCGCGACCGUUACUGGCACAACAUGGCCAUUCGCAUCCAGCGCGCUUGGAGAAACUACUUGAGGUACCGAACAGAAUGUGCCAUUCGCAUUCAAAGGUGGUGGAGAAGACUAAAAGGAGGUCUCGAGUUCAUCCAACUUCGCGACUACGGCCACCAGGUGCUCGCGGGACGGAAAGAGAGGCGGAGGUUCAGCUUGCUCGGUUAUCGAAGAUUCCUCGGCGACUACCUUGGUCUCAACAACCGAGGUGGUCCUGGCGAGAUGAUACGGAGCUCUAUCAACCUAGGCGGGAAUGAGCCAGUCCUGUUUUCUUGCCGAUCGGAGCUCCUAGUAUCCAAAUUGGGCCGCUCGAGCAAACCCGAGCCUCGAAUGCUCGUCCUCACAGGCAGGAAUGUCUAUAUCGUCAAGCAAGCCCUCGUCAAUCGCCAGUUGUCAAUACAGGCCGAGCGAACAAUCGCUUUAGGAGCUAUUCGGUUUGUCAGCUGUUCUACGCUCAAGGACGAUUGGUUUUCGAUCGGCGCGGGCUCGCCGCAAGAGCCUGAUCCUCUGAUCAAUUGCAUAUUCAAGACUGAGUUCUUCACGCACCUCAAGAAGGUAACCCGUGGUUCCCUCGAUCUUCGAAUUGGAAAUACGAUCGAGUACAACAAGAAGCCCGGGAAACUAGCUGUGGUGAAGGUAGUAAAAGAUCCAGCCGUGCCGCGAGACGACGUUUACAAGAGUGGAACCGUCCAUACUGGUCCUGGCGAGCCGUCGAAUUCAGUGUCGAGGCCAACGCCGCGUGGUAGGCAAGUUCCCGGCAAGCCGAUCACGAAAGGCAAGUUGCUUCGCCCCGGCGGUCCCGUGUCGAAGCUUGCCUCUCGUCCUGCACAAUCCAGGCCAGUACCACAACCUGCUCCGCCACGACCGAUACCUCAGGCAACCCCAAUUGCUGCCCAGUCGCGGCCGGUGCCGCAGCCGGUGGCCGCUCUGAACGGCGUGAAUCAUUCCCGAAACACAUCCACAGCAUCUACCGCUUCUGCGCAUCUUCCUCCGCCACCUCCUCCUGCAGCCCCGCCGGCACCCAAAGAGCCGACUUACCGGGCAUUGUAUGACUUCAACGGUCAGACAAGCGGUGAGCUGAACAUUGCAAAGGAUGAGAUCAUCGUCAUUGUUCAAAAGGAAAACAAUGGUUGGUGGCUAGCACGGCGCCUCGACAACUCCGCCUCGGGUUGGGCGCCCUCAGCUUAUCUCGAAGAAUACGCGUCUAAACCUGCACCGCCUCCUCCACCACCGCCCGUCGCUUCUCGAGCCGUUCCAGCGCCUCCAGUUGCGAACGGCGUAGCAAGCAGCGGCAUGGGCGCCGGCGCUCGUGCAAAACCAACGCCGCCAGCUCCGCCGAACAAGCGUCCAGUUGGGAGGAAACCUGCACCGCCGUCCGCACCUCGAGAUAGUGGCUACUCCGGGAGCGAUCGGAGCGGCACCAGUACGCCGCGGGAUAGCAACGCCAGCGCUAGUAUGGCUGGUGGACUGGCGGAGGCGCUGCGGCAGCGGCAGGCGGCGAUGCAUGCUAGGAAGGAUCAUGAGGAUGACUGGUGA